CUUCUUACUCAGACUCGUACCUAACACACUUCUCUGGUCGUCUUGAACAACAACUUCGAAAAUGCACAACUCAAUCUUUCUCAGUGUUCUGCUCGCUUUUCUCAUGAAGGCUCCCCUAUCAACCGGACAAGUCUCAACAACCACUGCCAGCCCGCCAUCAACCAUCUCACCACCUGCAUUAACGACUCUGUUUGUACCAACCAGUACCCCCCUACCAACGAGCUCCCAAUCACCAGACCCAUGGCAAUGCGCAACCAGAAACCUAACGCAAUACUUCGACGUUCCAAGACCUAGCGCCGUGCUCCUCUCUGCUCUCGAAUCCUACGGCGACAAGCUGAUCAAACCCUGCCUAUCUACCGCCACCGGGCUCAACAAGCUGUCCUGCUCCGUAUCCGAGACGACGCAAUGGUGCGGCUUUACAACCGACGCUACGCCUCCCAUGAAAACGAGAUAUUCCGCCUACGGCAGCUCUGCAGCGUCGUGGUACAGUGCGAAGAGCGCCGCGAUUCAGAGUGUCAGGGGAGACUGCCCGGUUACGUGGGAGAAGUUUGGUCCUCUUGAUCAUGCGUGGUUGAAUCAGACGAUUGCGCAUGCGAAGUGUUAUGAUGGGGCGUAUCCGAGGGAGAAUUCGAGUGCGGUUUCCGCUUCGUCUACGUCGAAGGGGGGGUGAAUGUGCAGAGUUGGAAGCAUUCCAGGCACCUUGAUAUACAUACAGUAGCUGCGGUAGUAUCUGAGCUUGGUGAAGUGUUGCUGUGGCCUUUUCUCGUACGAGUAGUGAAUGUAUUUUCUAGAGUAGCCCGUUUAUUUGAG